AUGCGAGUCCUUCUUACCGGCGGCACAGGUAAGACCUCAGUCCGCCUAGCCCGCUUCCUUCAAAAUGAAAACAUUACAUUUUUGCUGGCCUCUCGUCGCGGUCCCUCCGCUGCCCCCUCCGGUAUGCCUGCUGUCAAAUUUGACUGGCUGGACAAGUCCACCUGGAAGGAACCCUUCCAAUACCGCUUCGCAGAGGGCGGGUCUAUCUCGGCUAUCUAUCUCAUGGAACCACUGGUCGCCGAGCCCUGGAAGCCAAUGAACGAGUUUAUCGACUAUGCCCGUAAGGAAUAUGGGGUGGGAAGGUUUGUGCUAGUGGCAGGCAGCUCCGCUGAGCCGUCGCGGCCGGGUAUGGGGAUGGUAUGGCAGCAUUUCCUAGAAACGGGAGUCGAUUACUGUGUGCUUCGACCUAGUUGGUUUAUGGAGAACCUCUCCGACGAGGCUCCUAGCACUCUCAUCCGGGAUCAGGACAAGAUCUAUACAGCAUGCGGCGAAGGGAAAAUUCCCUUUGUGAGUGCUAUUGAUAUUGCUGCAGUCGCAUUUCGGGCUAUCACAGAUCCCCAAUCGCACAAUUGCGACCACCGUGUGUUAGGGCCAGAGUUGUUGACCUACGAUGAGGUGGCCGAGAAACUUUCCGCCGCGCUGGAUCGUCCUAUUGAGCACAUUAAGUUGUCUGGGGACCAGCGGUACGAAGGGUUGGUCAGCGUUGGGGUCUCUGAAUACUAUGCUCGCUUCCUGACGAACUUGGAAACCGCUGCAUCCACGGGAUUCGAAACUCGUAUGAACGCUACUGUGGAGAAGGUGACGGGCCGGGCCCCUAGGACACUGGAUCUUUUUGCGCACGAUAACAGAGGGGCGUGGGAGCGACUGGGUGAGUGA